AUGGGGGUGAACAAGCACAGAAUCAAGUCUCUUGCGGAACAGAUUGCAGAGCUAGAUGAUCCCGCUCCAAAAGAUUUCGAUCCUGAAGACCUGAGCGAUCAUGACCAAAGCAGCGAUAAUGAUCAAUUGUCCGACGACGAUCGGGAAUCAGGCCUUUUGGGUCGCGAGCACUACGAGACGGUUGGCAAGAGCAAACUCCGCGUGCCGGCCCCAGUGGAGCUUGGACUGGAAUACGCUGGCUCUCGAAUUAGCAGAGAUGUGUUGAAUGCAAGUGACAGUGAAGGUGAUGCUAUGCUGUCCGCAGAUACCGAGGGAUCUGAUACGGAUAUGUCAGAUGACGAAGAUCAAGAGGGGGAUGACAGUCCAGGUAACGAUAACACUGGCGAUAGUGAUCAAGAAGAUGGCAAAGGCGAAGAUGAAAGUGUGACGAGUAUAGAGUCUGAUACAGAAGACGAUGCCGAAGAAGAGUCCCCUCGCCGACAAAAGAAUGACUCUCAUGAUCGAGAUGAAGUGCGUCGCCUCAUGGCAACUGAUGAUAAAGUUGUUGCUCUGUCCUUGUCCCAAGCUGCAGAGGCCGAUGCGUCGAAGGGUAUUGCUGUCAGACAACAGCGACGCACUUUUGACGCACUCCUAAACAGCCGGAUACGACUCCAAAAGGGUCUUAAUUUUUUGAAAGACGUCAAUGAGCCAUCCCAUGAGCAAUUAAUCAAGUCGACUGAGGCUGCCGCAAUAUCCCUCUGGAACACUCUGGAUGAUUUGCGCCAUGCCUUAGCGACUUCCGCCUUUGGAGAUACAUCGGAAUCAGUUUCGAAGAAACGCAAACGUACACCAAUAUCCUCAGCGACUCCGUCGUCUGAAAUUUGGGAUCGUAUGAAUGACUUCGAAUCACAGGCUGUUCCACAUCGUCGUGCUGUCCUUGAAAAAUGGUCCCUAAAAGCACGCGGGAUUCGCGCCGCCAUUCCCUCCAACCAGAAUAAAUUACUAACCAACAAAUCCAACCAACAGACCAUAACAGCAGUUCUCGAUGCCCAUAUUGCCACUGAAACUGCUCAUUUACCCGAUGCACGGCCCCCUAACAUUUUAUAUGAUGACACUGCGUUUUACCAAUCCCUGCUCCGUGACCUUGUUGAGCAGCGAAUGUCCUCAACGACGGGUGCCGGUAUUGACUCUCAGCUAAGCGGAUUGGCUAUUCACCCAACCUCUGGGAUGCGCAAGGAUAAAGUCAAAUGUGAGGUUGACACCAAGGCAUCCAAGGGCAGAAAGAUGAAAUUUAAUGUUCACGAAAAAUUACAAAAUUUUAUGGCGCCAGAGGAAAGAGGAGCUUGGGGCGAUAGGGCGAGAGAAGAAUUUUUUGCAUCGUUGCUGGGGAGGCGUGCGAGGGAAGUUCUUGAAGAGGAUGAAACAGACGAAGAAAAUGAGAUGAGCGAGGGUGAUGGAAUCGAAGAAGAUGGCUUGAGACUGUUUAGGAGUUAA